AGCAUGAGCGAAAUUUGGAGACACCCUUUGAUUAGAAAGUACGAGAAGCGCUACCAAGGGGCAGUGAACUAUCAUAUCGGCCCUGCUCCGCCGAUUAUGCCUGAAGACUGUGGCCCGCCAAUCAACAGCAAGGAAGACGUCGACAUCGACCUUCUGAGGAAUCUCCAGACACUAUGGCAUGAUGCUACUCCAGAAGCAAUACUGAAGAGAAUCUUAGACCCUACUCCAAGCCACCAACGCCUGUUUUACAAUGCUUUGGUGAAAUUCAGAAAUGAACAUCGCCGGACUCGACGUGCGAAGGGCAGCUCAGCGAAGUGGUCUCAGUUCCCACCCGUGAGAGAGACAGGAAUAAGAACAAAGUAUAAUGAAGAGCCGAAGUCUUGUGCUACGGUGCGGAGCUACGACCCGUUCAGGUCGCCACAAGGCAAAUACCCCCCGAGAGAAGCGAAGUGUGCGAAGAUUACAGUCUACCGCAAUGGACUUAUUGUCGAUGUUGAUAAGACCGUGAAAGAGCCUUCAGAAACAGCUCCCCAACCGAGGCCAACUGCAAAAAACGACACGGAUAACGAGGUGCCCGAAUGCCCGCCAAGCUCACCUUUCGUGGUCAUGCGUGACAAGCGCAUGAAGGUCAAUUCUGUCAAAUCAUUCCAUUCAAAAACAUCGUUAUCGGGUUCUCGUCGGGCUUUAUAUGUCGCAUCAACCCCUCGUUCUGCCAGCUACAAACGCAAUGUAUCCUUCCACCACAAAAGAAACCGCUCGCAAGGCUCAGUAUCCGCCAGAGCGAGGCCACCCCGGCCGAAAGUCCGCAACAUAAGGCUUGAUGCAAGUGAAAGCACUGUAGUGUCUGAAUUUGACGAUGAUCCAUUUUCUGACGCACAAGAGAGCCCAUCGUUGCCCGCUCAGCCUACAGUUGUGCGGGGAGCUGGUGUUACAAUCAGGAAUUGUCCUCAGAUGAAGAAGGUGCGAAACAGUGAUAUCAUUUGGAAGGAUGAUGCGCGAAAAGUGUCCUAUGAACUUAGUCAAAUAUGCGAGGAGGCCUUCAACGGCAGCUCACUGUCCACGAACUGCACCGCCAGCACAUGCAUUGGCUCCGAGACGCCUGCGACAUCCGUGUCGAUCGCCAGUCCUGAGGUAUCUCAUCAACAGCUUGCCUCCAAAGGACACUCAGCCAUACGCACAGCACCUCCAGCCGCAUCGUCGCCUCGGUCAUACACAGCUGCAGAGCUUACUGAAACCCGUCGUAAGCUGAUCCAACAUUCGUCUAGAGACGACUCAGGAAACAUCCCCGGCUACUUGAAGCCGAUCAUAGCACACCUAGAUCGCCUGAUCGAGCAGGACGAAACGAAAAAACAAGAGAGGCGGGAUCAUCCCCAAUCUUAUGCCAGUGCGAAGAGUGAGCAAUUCGUCCGGCCUUCAAGCGAAACCCCGCAGCCACCAGAAGCACAGAAAAACCCGGAUAAUGCGCCGGAGCGUCAAAGCAAUGCUGGCUACAAAGCAGGAGACCAGGGGACAGCCUUGCAGUCUACUCCUCGGAAGCAUCCUGGCCGCUCCAACCGUGAUGGAAAGAGAACUGUACGCAUGGUGCCUCAUAGUUCCCUGCAGUCGAUGGAACCGACCAGGGACUUGAACAUUCGAAAGAAACGCAGUUCUAUCCCCGAAGACAUUCCAGAGACACUAGACUUGUGUACACCGGAAGUUGAGAACGACCAGGCUGCAGCAUCUACACGCAAGUUCGCUUCCCUUAAUCCCGGCCAAAGUCGGGGCCCUUGCGAACUGGACCCUAUUGAAGAAACGCCAGGAUCACCCCGACGUAGCGGCACUCGUUCUUCAGACAACAAGAAAUGGUCGUGGUUCCAGAAUAAACAUCAGCUGGCAGGGGAGCACACUACAAGAGACUGUUCGGACAUCCCACAAAUCCAACCAAGUUCAGCGACUGUGAUCAGACACCACCAAGAUGACUCGAGAGGGGCGAAAGCCAGGACCCAGCGAGAAAGCCAGUCGAGUGGAAAGGCAUCUCGGACAAAGCCCAAGGGCGGGUUCUUCAGGAGACUAAUACAUAGACGAGCAAGCAAGGAUGCUCAGAACCAUGAUACAGGAUUCGACGUGACAGACACGAACGUCUUGCUUCACCACAAUCCCGAGACUGCCAACACAACAGACACUGAAUAUGACGGCAAACCUCUUCCACCUCCCCCACGCGGUGGGGGGAAGAGCCAGAACUGGUUUGCUCGCGUAUUCCAACUCAAGCCUGCUACUCGAGUAAUAGCACUCAACACAUCAACUACCAAAGCUCGGAAAUACAUCCAUAAGACCAUGCGUGAGUGGAAGAAAUGGGGUAUGGAGGAUGUUUAUCUUGAUAAGGAUAAACGGGUUAUCUACGGAAGCGUGGGUGAAGUCAAUCGUAGGCAGGAGAACCUCAGCCUUGUCCGCUUCAAGCAAGAGCGCGGAGCAGCAUCGUCCUUCCACAAGGUGGUCGACACUCUCUACCUCCUCAUGAAGGGCCAGCACAUGCUCAUGGAAGAUCCGGCACGAGCAAAAGAGAUGGUUCGAAUUCUGGACGACUACCCGAACCCUUGA